GCUUUGGGAACAUCCCGUUCUCAUACAGUGGGGCCCAUUUGCUCUGCUUCCAGAAACUUCCUGCCCAUGGGAGACCAAAGCCACAGAGGCCAAGCCAUGAAGUGCACUAGCUUGCUAUUCCAGCAUGUUCCACCCCCUGGAGAUCAUCAAACAAUUGUCAUAGAAACCCCUGGGACGCGCUUCCCCUAGAGAGUUGUGCUUUUAAUUCCUUCUUCCUGCCACAGCGCCUGUGACGUUUGGAGACUUGGCCGUUCACUUCUCCCGGGAGGAGUGGGAGUGGCUGAGCCCCACACAGAAGGAUCUGUACGAAGACGUCAUGUUGGAGAACUUCCAGAACCUGGUCUCUCUGGGAACUGCUGCUGUGAACACUCACACUUUGUGUAGACAUUUGUGCACAUGUCUCGGGUGUAUGAGUGAGAAUAUGGAAAAUAUGUAAUUUUUUUGAGGACACCCAAGUUUUGAGAGGAUUGAAAAGGUCUGUGCUGUCGGAGGCCAAAUGUGAUCACCUUACUGGAGAUGGGAAAGGCACCCUGGAUGGUGGAGCCGAAACGCUGCCGGGGCCCUGACUCAGGGUCUCAAUGCGUGAGGAGGAAGUUACCACCGGACAGGCGCUGCCUCCGCGGGAAGCUGGGCUCCCUGCUGCCGCCACCACGGCCACCAGAGCCCACCAGGAGUCAGCACGCCAGCCACUGCCUGCCCGCAGGGAAGCCCCGGCCGUGGCCCGCAGGGAAAGGCGUGCCGGGGCAUUGGGGCCCUCUUCGGUGCGGGGCCUGCGGGAGGGGCUUCAGCCGGCUCGUUUCCCUGCUGCUCCACCGCGGGUGCCACCGUGGGCAACCUGGCUGGCGGUGUGACACCUGCGGGGCACGCUUCACCCGGAGAACCACCCUUCUCCUGCACGCGAGAGGCCACCGGGGGGCGGCCCCCUCGCGCCCACCGCUCCGUGCCCUCCUCCACCGGACCGCGCCCCUGGGCCUGCGAAGGGUACGCGCGCGGACCCCUGCCGAGGGGCCUGGCAGCCCGCGCAUCUCAGAGAAUCCCUUCGCGUGCGGGAGGUGUGGGCGGCUUUUCGGGGGCAUCUCGGCCCUGGUGCUCCACCAGAGAGCGCAUGCCUCUGGAAGGCCGCGCAUGUGGGGCCCGCGCAGGACUGGCCCCGGGCGGUCCCCGGCCCUCGCGAGGGUGCACGCCGCAGGGGGGCGAGACAGGGAUAGGAGUGCGGGAGUCGCUGCCUGGGCGCCGCACCCCGGGGCCCACGGUGAGACCAGGAAGCGCCUAGAAUGUAAGGACUGCGGGAAGGUGUUCUCCAGACCCGCGAACCUGAAGAUCCACCGGAACGUCCACUCGGAGGAGAAGCCCUUCAAGUGCACUAAGUGCUGCAAGGCGUUUGGGCGCCAGGCCUUCCUCGUGGAGCACCAGCGGAUCCACACCGGGGAGAAGCCAUACCAGUGUGAGCAGUGCGGGAAGGCGUUCAGCCACCGCAUCUCCCUCUCCCGCCACCGGCGGACCCACACGGAGGACAGGCCCUACGUGUGCGCGAGCUGCGGCAAGGCCUUUGGCCAGCGCGCGCACCUGGCGCAGCACGAGCGCAUCCAUACCGGGGAGCGGCCCUAUGCGUGCCCGGAGUGCGGGAAGGCCUUCGGCCAGCGCACCUCCCUCGUCCUGCACGAGCGCAGCCACACCGGCGAGCGGCCCUACGCGUGCCGCGAGUGCGGGAAGGCCUUCAGCAGCGGCUCCGACCUCAUCCGCCACCAGCGGAGCCACUCGGCGGAGAAGCCCUACGCGUGCGGCACCUGUGGCAAGGCCUACAGCCGCAGUUCGUCCCUGGCCCGCCACCAGAGUGCGCACGCAGCAAAGCGGGCCUGAGGCGGGGCGGGCCUGAGGCGGGGCUCUGGGACAGAGCGCGCACGCGCACGCGACGGGCGGGGCGGGCCGGCCGCUGGGUGAGGUUGGAGCCCGAGGCGCGGUGGUGUCGCUUCCUCUCACUCGGUCUGUGACGGACGAGGGCUGCUCUGGGUUCUGCGGAGCAGGGGAGCACGGGUGAGCCGCGGGCACCAGGCGCGCUCGUGGACGUCCUUGAGCGCAGGGCGGGGAGGACUGGCCUUUUUACCUGCGUGCAUAUGUCUUAUAUUUACCUAAAUAAACGUGUGGCGUGUGA